AGGGACCCAUCAGGUCAGAAAGCUGUGGGACCAUGGCAAGGCACUGGAGUAUCACGGUUUUUUCCGCACUAGCUCUGCUAUGUUCUUUCCUGGGGACCGAAGUGGACGCUCAAAAAGGCAACCCUCAAGACCCUAAGGUUCCAUACCCUCCAUACUAUCCACAGCCGAAGCCUCAGGACCCUCAACACGUUUCGCCGCCUUACUACCCAGGGAAGCCACAGAACCCUCCUCAGAAGCCUUCGAAUCCUCAGUAUCCUUCGUAUCCUCAAACUCCUCAGAAUCCUCAGGUUCCUCAAAAUCCUCAGGUUCCUCAGAAUCCCCAGUAUCCUUCGUAUCCUCAGAAUCCUUCGUAUCCUCAGAAUCCUUCGUAUCCUCAGAAUCCUAAGCUGUUUCAAGAUGGGAAGCCUAGCAAUCCUCAGCAGCCCCAGGUUCCCCAGUACCCAUCAAAGCCUCAGCCCCCUCAGAAUCCUCAGGUCCCCCAGUACCCAUCAAAGCCUCAGCCCCCUCAGAAUCCUCAGGUCCCCCAGUACCCAUCAAAGCCUCAGAACCCCCAGUACCCAUCAAAGCCUCAGUACCCCCAGGCCCCUCAGCAGCCUCAGAACCCCCAGUACCCAUCAAAGCCUCAAGAUCCAGGCAAGAACCCAAAUACACCUCCCAUUGGUCCUCCCCCUCCCAAGAGCUGUGAAGUGCCCCGCGAUGUGAGAGUCCCCUGUGGAGUUCCAGACAUCUCUCCUUCUGCAUGUGAUGCCAUAGACUGCUGCCACGAUGGCCAAUCCUGCUACUUUGGAACAGGAGCAACCGUUCAGUGCACCAAGGAUGGACACUUCAUCGUUGUGGUGGCCAAGGAUGUCACCUUACCUCACAUUGACCUGGAAACUAUUUCCCUAUUGGGCCAGGGUCAAGACUGUGGACCUGCUGACUCUAAUUCAGCUUUCGCCAUCUACUACUUUCCCGUCACUUAUUGCGGCACUGUUGUCAUGGAAGAGCCUGGGGUUAUAGUCUAUGAAAACCGGAUGACAUCCUCUUAUGAAGUGGGAGUUGGACCGCUUGGAGCUAUUACCAGAGACAGUUCCUUUGAGCUGCUCUUUCAGUGCAGAUACCGUGCAACAUCUGUUGAAACUCUGGUCGUGGAAGUGCAGCCACCGGAUAGUCCUCUUUCCAUUGCUGAGCUUGGACCCCUCAAUGUGUACUUGCAAAUUGCCAAUGGGCAGUGUCAAACAAAGGGUUGCGACGAAGCGGCGGCAGCCUACACCUCUUUCUACACGGAUGCUGACUAUCCUGUGACAAAGGUACUGAGAGAUCCUGUCUACGUGGACGUACAAAUCCUUGGCAGAACGGAUCCAAAUCUGGUUCUGACUCUUGGACGCUGUUGGGCAACCACAAGCCCCAAUGCUUUCAGCCUGCCCCAGUGGGACAUUUUGAUUGACGGGUGUCCAUAUGCAGAUGAUCGUUACCUGUCCGCGUUGGUUCCAAUUGAUCAUUCCUCUGGUCUGCCAUUCCCAACUCAUCACAGUCGCUUCCUGUUCAAGAUGUUUACUUUUGUUGAUCCUCAUUCAAUGGAACCACUAAGGGAAAAGGUGUAUAUUCACUGUAGCACAGCUGCAUGCGUUCCAGGACAAGGAGUCAGCUGUGAACCCUCAUGCAGCAGAAGAAAAGGUAGAGAUACUGAAGCUGUGGCCAUUAGAACGGAUGAAAGAAGGGUUGUGGUAUCGUCUGGAGAAGUGCUCAUGCUCGCCGCCGCUGACGAACCAUCUGAACAGUGAACCGACAGAAGCUCCAGUGUUCAGAAAAAAUAACAUUUUGAAAAUCUGUUUCAUCAUGGGUCAAAAUUAAAUGCAUAAAAUG